ACCAGCCCUGUGCGCGUGCGCGUCUCCUCACAAACUGAGAGUAGUAAGCUCACUGCGAAGCCUCCGUUUCAUUCACGUCACAGAUGGAUCCAAGGUAAAGCGAUGUGAGAAAAAAAACAACAACAGGAGUCCGUGUUGUGAAGGGGGAACGAAACGCUCCUCCUUGCAACACGAACCUAAAAAAUAAAUUAAAAAGAUUAGCCGAAUAAAUCGCUGUUGCGUUUCUUGCGGCAACAAGCACGCUUCGCUCCAUUGUCGACUUCUAAUACGACGAGGAGGAGGAGGAGGAGGAGGAGGAGGAGGAGGUGGAGGAGGAGAUGACAAUGGCAAGGUGAGCACCGUGAAGGCUAAACAAGUGCCAAGCAUCCCUGGAGCUGUGUUCCUCCCUCGGGCGAGUAAAUGGGAUAUUCGGCUGGCCCAACAGGAUGUAAAGCAUCGUUCCAAGGAUGGCUCAACGAAGCUCUUCUGCUCGGGCGCUGCUGCUGCUGCUGUCCGGGCUUCUCAUGGUGGCGUCCGUCAAAGCCGACACCCUACUCUCAGCACCGCUGAAUGUGACCAUCAGAGACCUGGAGGGGAACUCUGCCGUGGUCACAUGGGAGAUCCUGGACGGAGAUCCUGUCAUUGGAUUCUCGGUUACACAACAGAAGAGGGACGUGCGCAUGCUGAGGCUAAUCCAGGAGGUGAACACCACCACGCGCUCCUGCGUGCUGUGGGACCUGGACGAGGACACCGAGUACAUCGUCCACGUGCAGAGCCUCAGCGCGGAGGGCAGCAGCCCCCCCAGCGAGGCCUCGUCUUCCGGACCCCCCGGAGUCCGAGAAGAUGGCCUCCAAGAGCCCGGUGAGCAGGGGAACGGAUGAGAAUGGAAUGGAGGGGUACGAUCAGACAGCCCAGCUGAGAGCAGGAGAGCUGAUCAUCAUCGUGGUGGUACUGGUCAUGUGGGCAGGU